UCAGCAUUUUGUUAGUGUUAAAUUAUUCUGCAAAUUUGUAAAAAUUCGUUUUAUUUUCCACAUAAAAGUCUUAUAACCUAUUCUCAGCACGUCUGCUGUAUUGAUCGCCGAUAAAGAUUCGAUUACCGACUGCGGCAAUUUACGGGAAAAUUCUGGAAAGCUCGACUGAAGACAAGCGGGAUACGACAUGGCUAAGGUUCACAUCACUAACGUUGUGGUACUGGAUAAUCCGAGCAGCUUCCUGAAUCCGUUUCAAUUUGAGCUUACGUUUGAGUGCAUCGAAGAGCUAAAGGAAGAUUUGGAAUGGAAAAUGAUCUAUGUCGGUUCGGCAGAAUCGGAAGAAUUUGACCAGGUGCUGGACACAAUCUACGUGGGACCAGUGCCGGAGGGACGCCACAUUUUCGUUUUCCAAGCCGAUCCCCCGAACGUGGCUCGUAUUCCGGAGCAGGAUGCCGUUGGCGUGACCGUUGUACUGCUCACAUGCUCCUACCGAGGUCAGGAGUUUGUUCGCGUUGGAUACUUCAUCAACAACGAGUACUCCGAUCCAGAGUUACGAGAGAACCCGCCUGCCAAGCCACUAUUCCAGCAGAUGACCCGCAAUAUUCUUGCUUCCAAGCCGCGUGUGACUCGAUUUAAAAUCAACUGGGAUGACAACCCGGCAAACGGCACCAAUGGAGCUAAUGGAAUGGACGACGAAGCUGGUAUGGCAAUCGAAAACGACCGCCUCGACGAUAUGGAAGCCGGACCGAGCGACGUUGGAAUGAUGCCCGAAGCGACGCAUGACGACAACAGUUUGGCUCUACCGAGGGAGUUCAACGAAAACUCCAACUCGCUAGCGAUGGAAUGCUGAGAUUAUGGGUAGUGCGUGACGUCCGAUAACUUGUCUCUGCUGACUAAGAGUUUUAGUGUGCUUCGUCGUCUAGCGUUCAACGUUGUUUUCUUUUACUCACUUGGAGAGAAUAGUCUUACUCGAGGGUGAAUCGACACAAGAGCGGGGAUAAUUUUCUUAAGAAAUACUUUCCGAACCGUUUUCUGAACCAUAUCGUGCUGAUUCACUGAUUUUGCUUUAAAAUUAAAUCGAUAUGUAAAUAAUUAAU